AUGGGUCGGUUGAAGCUGGAGCUGGAGAACAGUACCAUGCCACUCGACCAGCGGUUAGAGGAUCUUGGUAUCAGUCGGGAGGAAUACAAGACGUACGAUAUGCCGAAGAUACAGGAACGGAAAAAGAAGAAGAAGAAAGUCAACCAACGUCAGGAAGAAUGGGAGCCCAAGACACGCGAAGAGGCAGCGCAGAGGUGGAAAGAGUUGCAAAACACACCUGACCACUUGGGUCUCCUCAAAGUGUACAAACGCGCUGGUCUGGAGCCUCUCAAACUGGCAAAGGAACACAACAUCACCCUCCCCACCGACCAACCCCCCCUCGACGCCAAAACCGCCGAAGCCCUCGAAGCCCUCCGCACCCCCAUCAAUGUCCGAGCCGUACACAUGCGGCCCCUGCGCCGCACGCCCGAACACGGCGUGCCCACCUGCGACCUCCAACUACGCACCUACAACAUCCGCAACCUCCUCCUCUUCGCCGACUUCGCCGUACGCGCAGCCUACUACAUGGGUCUCUGCGCCCGCGGCCCCAUCCCCCUCCCCCGCAUAACCGAACGCUGGACAGUCCCACGCUCCAACUUCAUUUUCAAGAAGUCACAAGAGAACUUUGAGCGCAUUACCAUGCGGCGGCUGAUCCAGAUCCAAGAUGGGCACCCGGAUGUGGUGAAGGCUUGGUUGGCUUUCCUGCAGAAACAUCAGUACCAUGGGGUGGGUAUGAAGGCGAAUAUUUGGGAGUAUGAGAGUUUGGAGGAUGCGACGAGGGCUGGGUAUGAGAUGAAGGAGGGUGAUUUUAGUAGGAGGAGAGAGGGCAAGGUUAUGGACAAGGUGGCGGAGAUUCUGCAGAGGGAUGGGUUUAAGGAGGCGAUGAAGGGGCAUGAGGGGAAGGUUGAGAUGAGGCCGUAA